GUCAUUGUGUUGUGUUUGCAACUGGUACCUGGGACUUUUAUCUUCCUGGAUAGCACAGUGCUUUUCAUGGAAACUGUGUGACUGUGGGGAUUUUGAAUACAGUUACGAGCUAACCAAACUAUCUUGUUUUUAGAGGAUUAGAAACCUGGACGUUUGUUUCGGUAACACUUGAUUUUAGUUAGAAAGAUCCCAACAGACGCGGGCCGCGGAGAAGAACCGCGGUGUGGGAGUGACGGAUACGCCGGAGUAUGGAGCGUCUUUGCUGGGGGUUGUAACUGUGCAAAUCACCGGAGCGUCUCAUCUGCUGGAGGAAACCGGGAGGAAACGGAAGCACCCUGAGGAAACACACAUGAACAGACGGAGAACAUACAAAUUCCACGCAGACAGCACCCCACGUCCAGAGCUGAACCCAGGGCCACAGCUCCACGAGGUGAAUGUCCCCUUCCCUGUUGCCAUGGCUCCCAAGGACAUCAUGACCAACUCCCACGCGAAGUCCAUCCUUAACUCCAUGAACGCUCUGCGCAAGAGCAACACACUGUGUGAUAUCACCCUUAAAGUGGAGAACACCAACUUCCCCGCCCACCGCAUCGUCCUGGCUGCCUGCAGCGACUACUUCUGCGCCAUGUUCACCAGCGAGCUCUCGGAGAAGGGAAAGCCUUUCGUGGACAUCCAGGGCCUGACGGCUUCCACCAUGGAGAUCCUGCUGGACUUUGUGUACACGGAGACGGUCCUGGUGACGGUGGAGAACGUGCAGGAGCUGCUGCCUGCUGCCUGUCUGCUGCAGCUGAAAGGCGUGAAGCAGGCGUGCUGCGAGUUCCUGGAGAGCCAGCUGGACCCCUCCAACUGCCUGGGGAUCCGGGACUUCGCCGAGACGCACAACUGCGUGGACCUCAUGCAGGCGGCAGAGGUGUUCAGCCAGAAGAACUUCCCCGACGUGGUGCAGCACGAAGAGUUCAUGCUGCUCAGCAAGGAGGAGGUGGAGAAGCUCAUCAAGUGCGACGAGAUCCAGGUGGACUCGGAGGAGCCGGUGUUUGAGGCCGUGCUGACCUGGGUGAAGCACUCGCGCAAAGAGAGGGAGCCCUUCCUGCCAGACAUGCUGCAGUACGUCCGCAUGCCCCUGCUCACCCCCCGCUACAUCACCGACGUCAUCGACACUGAGCCCUUGAUUAGAUGCAGUCUGCAGUGCAGAGACCUCGUCGACGAAGCCAAGAAGUUCCACCUGAGGCCAGAGCUGAGGAGCCAGAUGCAGGGGCCUCGCACCCGUGCUCGACUAGGAGCCAACGAGGUCCUGCUGGUGAUUGGAGGCUUCGGAAGUCAGCAGUCUCCCAUUGACAUUGUAGAGAAAUAUGACCCCAAGACACAAGAGUGGAGCUUCUUGCCAAGCGUAACCCGGAAGAGGCGCUACGUGGCCACAGUGUCCCUGAACGACCGUGUGUAUGUGAUCGGAGGGUACGACGGGCGCUCGCGACUCAGCUCCGUGGAGUGUCUGGACUACACCGGCGAUGAGGACGGGGUCUGGUACUCGGUGGCGCCCAUGAACGUGCGCCGUGGCCUGGCAGGCGCCACGACGCUGGGAGACAUGAUCUACGUGGCGGGGGGGUUUGACGGCAGCCGGCGGCACACCAGCAUGGAGCGAUACGACCCCAACAUCGACCAGUGGAGCAUGCUGGGAGACAUGCAGACUGCCAGGGAGGGAGCUGGGCUGGUGGUGGCCAAUGGGCUCAUCUACUGUCUCGGAGGGUACGAUGGCCUGAAUAUCCUGAGCUCAGUGGAGAGGUAUGACCCACACACAGGACACUGGACCAACGUCACCCCCAUGGCCACCAAGCGCUCAGGGGCUGGAGUGGCCUUGCUCAAUGACCACAUCUUCGUGGUGGGAGGUUUUGAUGGUACAGCACACCUGGCGUCGGUGGAAGCUUACAACAUCCGCACCGACUCCUGGACCACUGUCACCAGCAUGACCACGCCGCGCUGCUACGUAGGCGCGACGGUCCUCCGGGGUAGGCUCUACGCCAUUGCUGGGUAUGAUGGGAACUCUCUCCUCAGCAGUAUUGAGUGCUAUGACCCUGUCAUCGACAGCUGGGAGGUGGUGACCUCAAUGGCCACCCAGCGCUGCGACGCAGGCGUGUGUGUUCUGAGGGAGAAGUGAGCUGGCCUGGGCAGUGCCCACAGACUGGGCGACACCAGGGGGAGAGAGACUGGCAGCGUCACAGCUGAGCAACUCGCAUAGGAGAGGGAGGAAACCCUGCCAUCCCACACCAGUUGGGUUGUCACAGCCCCCUGCUCUGUUGGGUCAUCAGCUUCCUUCAUACAGUUCUGUUGCCACUGUGAGAUGCGCUCAUCCUUCAUCUGUGUACAGGGCCGGAAUGGAAGUGUUCAUAUUUGCAUUGUUUUUCAUUUUCGAGUCAAAAGAUGCAGCUUCUCAUUGUCCUCCGUGCAUGAAUGCCAUCGCUGUGAUCCACCUGGUUCUUCUCAGUAUGGACUUACAUGAUGUAAGGUUUGUUUAAAGUGCAAUAUUUUACUGCUAAUCCACUGCUGGACUUCACACAGAGCCUUAUACCUUCGCACACAGCUGCUCACAGCCCUGUGUGCUGGGGGAGUGGAGCACAGUGAGGCCCCCGUCUUCAAAUCAUGGAGAUUUUUCUCUCAAUCAUGUGGGCAACUUUGGUAUCAAUCGGAUGCUGGCUUGUCUGUGAAAGAGAGUUCCACCUUACUUGAAGGAUACCUGUCGAUUGUCAUUUCUGUUGUGUUUGUGUGGAAGAGAGUAGAUCAAAAACAAUAAACUGUUUUUGCUUAAAUAAACUAUAUCCCUUCGUUCUGUGA